AUGCCUCCGCUUUCAAUUCAAUCAGCAAGCAAAGGGGCGGCCUCGUCUGGCGCGCCUCUAGUUCCCCCGCGUCGCGAGGGCAGACUUCACACUUGGUUCAACAGAAUCUUUAUCUUUGUUUUUGCCAUUGGUCUGUACUAUCAACUCUGUGCAUACUCUGGUCGCAAUCCAUCCGCGCCACUCACCUCCUCCUCUUCAUUUAACCUCCAUCAGACGCUGCUGUCCGUCCCCUCGCCCGACCGCGCGCGCGAAUGGAGCGCCUACUACACCAACUCGAGCCACCUCGCGGGACAGGGCUGGGAGCAGGCCCAAUGGACAGAGUCCAAGUGGAAAGAGUUUGGCAUCCCCGACGUCCAGAUUGCGUCGUAUGACGCCGACCUGCCCGUGCCUCGUGCCGAGAACCAGCGCGUGGCCCUGCUCCAAGGCGACAAGGUGCUCUAUGAGGCGCCGCUGGUGGACAACACCAACGGCAGCUUCACGCCCGCGUACUUUGGCUUCUCGCCCGAUGCAAACAUUACCGCCGGCUUUGUGUACUGUAACUUUGGCAGUCAGGGGGACUUUGACGAGAUUGCGCGCGCCAACAUCAGCGUCGUGGGCAAGAUUGGCAUCAUGAAGCUCGGCAAUGCGUCGCCGACGCUCAAGGCGAGCGGCCUGGACAUCUUUCGAGGCAUUCAGAUCUCGAAUGCCGAAAAGGCCGGGCUGAUUGGCGUCAUUCUGUACACGGAUCCGCAGAAUGACGGCACAAUCACCGAGGCCAACGGCUACAGGCAGUUCCCGGCCGGCAUCGCACGCCCGCUGACUGCCAUUGAGCGCGGCGGCUUUGGCAACUCUGAGGACUACCACAUGGGCCUGCUGCCCAAAAUCCCCUGCAUCCCAGUCUCCGCCGCCGACGCCGUCGAACUCCUCAAAGUGCUCAACGGCAUCGGCCCAUCGGCUCGCAAAAUCGGCGGCCGGUGGCUCGGCGGCGCGCUCUACGUCUACGACGUCGGGUACCACAUUGGGCCGUCCCCCGCCGGCGUCACCAUCAACCUGAUCAACAACGCGCCCGUCGUCGCCUCGCAGAGCCACAACGUCAUCGGCACCAUCCCGGGGCAGAUCCGGGACGAGGUGGUGAUUGUCGGCACGCACCGCGACUCGUGGGGCCCCGGCGCGGGCGACCCGGGCAGCGGCUGCGCGGCCAUCAACGAGGUCGUGCGCAGCUACGGCGCGGCGUACCGGCAGGGCUGGCGGCCGCUGCGGACCGUCGUGUUUGCGAGCUUCGAGGGCGAGGAGUUUGCGCAGAUUGGCUCGCUGCUGUGGAUCGAGCACCACCUGGCGUGGCUGCGGGCGACGGCCGUGGCGUACCUCAACGUCGUCGUCGCCGCGUCCGGGUCGCAGUUCCACGCCAAGGCGAGCCCGCUGCUGCACCGGGCCGUGUGGAACGCAACGGCCCAGGUCGAGUCGCCGACGGUGCCGGGACGGUCCGUCCUGGACGUCUGGGGCGGCUCCAUCGACCCGGCCGGCGGCGGCGACGCCGUGCGCUUCCAGGGCCUGCCGUGCGUCUCGACCGUCGACAUUGGCUUCGCCCCGGGCCUCGGCGAUGCCGUGUUUCCCUACCACACGGGCUUUGACGGCUUCGCGUGGAUGGACCGCUUCGGCGACCCCGGCUGGAAGCACCACGUCGCCAGCGCCAAGCUCAUGAGCCUCAUGGCCGCCCACCUGGUUGAGUCGCCCGUCGUGCACAUGAGCGCGCACGACUACGCCAAGGCCAUCCAGAUGUGGCUGCAUCGCAUGUGCGAGCUCGGCAAGUGCUCCCCCGAGGUGGACCUCUCUGAGCUCAUGGCCACGGCGGCCAGGUUUGCGCGCGCGGCUGUACGGUUUGAGGGCUACGCCGACACCCUGCGGUCCGACUCUGGUUCGCGGCCGGGCCUUGCGGGACGGUUUACGAAUGUCGUGGAUCUCGGUGCCGAGGCGAUACGCAGAGUCAACAAGGUGUAUAUUGCCCUGGAGCGCGAGUUUUACCAUGAAGGGGGCAUGGAUGGGUACAACAGUCUUCACCAUGUGCUCUUCGGGCCCGCUGCCUGGCACAAUGUCGCGGCUCCGAUGCCUGGUCUGGAUAAGAGCCUGAGGGCAGGCAAUUGGGAAAAUGCCAAGAAAUGGAGAGACGUGUUGAUUGAAAAGAUUGGCAAUGCUGCGGGGUUACUGGAGGAUCAUCUGGAAACUGUUGGAGACGACUAG